AACGUUGUUACAGGGCCGUCACGUGUCCCCCGGUGUGCGAGCAAAAUAGGCGUUAAAGUGGGCGUCGGCACGAUGACUCCGAUGAAACCUUGACCAUAUGCGAUUAAUUAGAUAUGCUUUGGCUUUCCGUUUAGCCGGCAUUACUGGUGAGCGCCGUUCGUCACCAGUAAGCUCUUGUCGCUUUCUCCGACCCAUCGUUUGCCCCGGUUCUCCUCUACUCUUAGCCCGAAGACACACAAUGGAGGCAGGUAGCAACAUAAGCGGCGACGCAGUCCCGCUAGACGAGAAGAAGCCGCCGACCAACUACCAGUUACUCGUUCUCGCCCACGAGAGGACCUCGAGAACCCCGAGUCCACUUUUGUGUGCCAAUGGAGACGACGACUCCGAGGCGGAGUCCUUCAAGGGUGGCAGGACCGAGGAAGUGGACCGCGACACAAAGGAGAGGGCGUUCGCGUGGUGCCGAGAUUUCCUGUCUGGAGCGUGGAAAACUAUCCAAAUAAUGGACUUUCAAAUAAGCAUCGUAAGUGGCGGCCUGAGUAAUCUUCUGUACCUGUGCAGCCUGCCUGACUACGUGCCUAGCGUGGAGGAAGAGCCUCGUGAAGUGCUCCUCAGAAUCUACGGUCCCAUUCUCCAGGGUGUGGACGCUCUGGUGUUGGAGAGUGUAAUGUUUGCUAUCCUGGCCGAGCGAAAUUUGGGACCAAAACUGUACGGUAUCUUCCCACAAGGGCGCUUGGAGCAGUAUUUUCCGAACACUCGAAUGCGCACUAAUCAGCUGUCAGACGCUGACAUCUCUGCUGAGAUCGCCACAAAAAUGGCUCGUUUUCACAAAAUGGUCAUGCCAUUUAACAAAGAGCCCACCUGGUUGCUUGGGACCAUUAACAAAUACAUGGAUCAAGUGUUGACGCUAACUUUUACACGUGACAUUCAUGUGAAGAAGUAUCAGAAGCUGAUGAAGCUCAACCUGGAAAUGGAGCUGAAGAACCUCCGUAAGCUACUAGCAGAAACGCCAUCACCUGUAGUCUUCUGCCACAAUGAUGUCCAAGAAGGUUUCUGUACCUCUGGUGUCUCUGCAGGUAAUGUUCUAAUUCUCCACAAGGGGGACCAAACCUCAACAGACCGACUGAUGCUCAUCGACUUUGAGUACAGCAGCUACAACUACAGGGGUUUUGAUUUUGGAAACCAUUUCUGUGAGUGGAUGUACGACUACACCUACAACCAGUGGCCCUUCUUCAAAGCCACACCAGAGGAUUACCCAAGCAGAGAGCAACAGCUUCAUUUCAUUCGAAAUUAUCUCUUGGAGCAAAGAGGAUGCGGUGACCAAAACGUGGACCAAAGGCAGAUGGAGGAAGACAUGAUCAUUGAAGCCAACCGGUAUGCGUUAGCGUCACAUUUUCUGUGGGGUCUUUGGUCCAUCAUCCAAGCGAAGCUCUCCAAGAUUGAGUUUGGCUACAUGGAUUAUGCCCAGGUCCGCUUUGAUGCCUACUUCAAACAAAAGAAGCUCUUCUCCUGAAGUCCUGCUUGCUUGCACUCAUGUAAAAAUACUUUUUUCUUUGUUUGUACUUUAUUUAAAUACAUUACAAACUAUUCCUGGGCCUCAUGCUUUGAGAACAGUAUUCUUACGCAGAAGUAGUCCCAAGCAAGUUCUAUCAAUCCAUUUGGAUUUCAAGGUCUAAACCCCACCACCACGAUCCAGUAGUUUAUUGUGGACCACUUUUUGACAUGAGCAUUUGUUUUGUCCUUUCAUUGUGGGAAGGCGCUUGUGUCUUUAUUUUUGACGAGCGAACUUGAUCUGAUCAUUGAUGUUCCGUCCACAUUAAUAUGAAGAAAGCACAUUAAGAGAACUGUAAAAUGAAGUGGUUUUUUUUCUGUUUAUUUGAUGAUUAAACUGUCCUGGAUAAAAUAUUAGAGACAUUAAACGAAAUGUGUUUUGAGAAUUAAGUUAUAAUUUAGGAGAAUUAUGAAAAGUUGUGAUACUGCACAGGGAAAAAUCUUUUUCAGAAAAAAGUCUUCAUUUUACAAGAAAUGAACAGAUUUCAUGAGAAAAGAUGCAGAAAAAACAUCAUUAUGGCUUUAUUGUAAUCCUCAAAUGAUUCCCUAAUAAACUUUCUUUGUUGCAACUUUGUCAUAAAAUUCUGAAAUCAUAUUACAAGAAAAAAGAUGCAAUUACCUAAAAAAGCCCAAAUAAAAGUGAUAUGACGGGAAUCUCAUCAAUUUAAAAGAAUAGUCAUAAUGCAAGAAAGAAAACUGUGACUAAAGACUGAUAUAUGACAAAGUCAGUUUUCCAAAGGGAUUAAAAUUACUUUGUUUUUGAGAAUUAUUAUGUGCGAUGGGCAGUAACAGGACAGUAAUUAUUCGUGUCUCAUGUUGAUACACUGUCUUGUCAAGGUAGCACAAAUGCUCCUUUAUACUCUGAUACUAUUGUACUCCACAAAAUAACACUCUUGGGAUAUUUACUAUUUAUGGUGUCAAUGCAGAUUCGGCUGAAAAUAAAAAUACGACAGGACAGAUGCUUCAAAGACAAAAAUUAAAACAAUCAGCAACUUGACAUCGACAUGUUUAUAUUUUGCUGAGCACAACUUCAAAUAUAUG